CUGUCUCCUCCGUCAAGCUGAACAACUGUACUGCCGACAGCUCGGCCUGUGUGGGAAAGAGGCCCCAUCUCGAUUAUCUUCAAACACUAGCUGUCUUCAGUUGGCCCUAUCUACAGAUUGUUACGUGUACGUCAAAGCGGAACCUUUGUGCCCGUCUUCAAAGGGGGUCGGACGCAUUAGUCAGUGCACCGCUUGAGCUCCGCCGUGCUGUCAGCAGAGAGACCUUGCUGAACAGGGAGAUGGCGCUGCGUGCUUGUGGUUUCAUCGUGUUUCGUCGUCUAGCCAGUUGUGUCCCCCCUCCAGACAACAUCGAGUAUCUCCUCUUGCAGACCUCUUACGGAGAACACCACUGGACCCCACCCAAAGGUCAUGUGGAUCCAGGCGAGGAUGACCUCACCACAGCUCUGAGAGAGACCAAGGAGGAGGCGGGGCUAGGGGCAGAGCACCUACAGGUGAUUAAUAGCUUUGUGCAGGAGCUGCGCUACGAGGUGCGAGGCAAACCCAAAGAGGUGCUGUACUGGCUGGCUGAGCUGAAAGAACCGGGUACAGCUGUGACUUUGUCUGACGAGCACCAGGACUACCGCUGGGCCCGGCUGGAGGAAGCCUGCACUCUGGCCCGGUACAAAGACCUUCAGGACACACUGAGGGCAGCACAGAGACACUUGGAGGCUCAGCAGGACAAACAGUGAUGGACCAGAAUAUAGAUCGUGGAAAUGGGAUGAUGUAAAGAAAGGAAAUAACUGGCAACUGGCAUGUGAGACCCCCUAGAUCUUAGUUUGGUAGAGCGCCCCCAACAUGAGAGUGUCGGUGCAGUUUCUGUGAUUGAUGACUGUCUCUGUCAGGUUUAAAUACUUUGUCUGCACUGUAUAAUGAGAGAUUCCCCUCUGUCAAAACAGAGGAAGUGAAUCAAUGCUUGAAAACAAGAUUACUGAUUUGAUCUUAGUCGCUGCAUAAAAAUGUGAUGUGCCUGUCAUAUGUAAUGAGAUUGAAUACAUCAGUGUUUUAAAUGUAAAUCAACUUAAACACAAAACUUAGUGAAGGACGAAAGCAGUCAAAAAAACCUCGGAAUACUGGGGGUAAAAAGUAAAAAAAAUAAAGUGUAGGCAGCACAUGCGGCCACAGGGUGGAGACAAAAAUAAGACAUCUUUACAACACUGGUGUGUGUUAGUCACUGUAUGCUGGAAAAUACUGCAGCCUGUGGAAUUAACAGCUUUCCUCUGAGCUCUCAGCCUCCAAAUAAAAGUGAUAUGCACCUAUUACUUUUGUAGAUUUGCUCCUGUCCAGAAAUUAAGAGGCAGUAAUGGAGAUCAUUUUAUUACGUUAGAAGCUACGGUCAUAAAAUUUAAGAGGGGCUAUUGUUAUGCAAUGAGACUGGGUGGAUGUACAUAUUAUCAUAAAUGUCAAACAAUGAACAUCCAACUAAUGGUACAUUUCAUGGACCAUAUACUAAAGUAUAUUUUAUAUACCCCUUAGUAGACUAAAGAAACCAUUGCAGGCAGGCAGAAUUGCCGCAUAAUAAAUUAGAUUGUGGACACUUGAGACCAGGUCUUAUUUACUUUUUGUAGUGUCUGUCCUUGACUGCUGAAGUGUUAGUUAAGAUAAAAAACAAAACAAUUAGGACAAGAAAUAAUGUUACUGAAACCAGUCAGCAAGGGCACCCGAUGAGAUGUUUGAGCAUAUGAACAGCCAGCUAGACAGUUAAUAAUCUGAAAUUAACUACUCCUCAUAUUGUCAACAAUCUGACAGUGUUGUGAACUCAAGUCAUAGUUUAUCCAGUACAACCCUAAAAAGCUGGAGGUAGCACACAUACAUUGGAAGAAGUAGCAAAUGGUGAAAUUCAAGUGGGACUUGACACUUGUCACUGGUACUGUCACAUCGUACUAUAUACAGUAAGAUGUUCUGUUCUCGGCAUCGUGCUGCAGGAUUACAAUAAUGGCCUCCGUUGAAGGGAUGGAAUAAGGGUAAUUAAAGAAACAAAUUCAUUAUUUCAACUCGUAAAGCAGAGAGGACUUCAAUUAACUGCCAUUUUCUUCUGGGUAUUUGAACAGGAAACAGUUAUCAGAGGUCAGUGGGAGUGUUCAAAGGAACUUAUGUCUUUCAUGAGGUAUACACACUGUGCUAUAAAUGUAACACUUCACACGGAGCAAAAGCUGAAUUCUGCAAUAAAACCCAUCCAGGCAUCAUUUAACCAGUAAUUAAUUUCAUGCCUGGUGGAGCAUAAAAACUCUCCUCCCAGUGAUAAAACACAACUAAUUGUCCUGAAUUGAAAUUCUUCAAACUUUUACUGCAGCUUCAUAGUUUGUGUCAUCUUAU